GAGCUGCCAUUGCAAUCCAUCGGAGAUCUCUCUCUCUCUGCAUCGCCGCCGGCGCCGUUGUUCUCGCCGCCGCCGGCUGCGCCAUGCUCCGCCUCCGAGAGUGCUUCGUUUCCCGUCUCCUCUCUUCACCUUCCACCCCCACCUAUGCCAUCUUCCCACUCCGCCGUCUCCUCUCCGCCGCCGCGCCCCACAUUUCCCCGAACCCCGGUGGAUUCGCCGUCGAGGACUACCUCGUCGACACCUGCGGCCUCACCCGACCUCAAGCCCUCAAGGCCUCCACCAAGCUCUCCCACCUCAAGUCCCCCGCCAACCCCGACGCCGUCCUCGCCUUCCUCGCCGGCCUCGGCCUCUCCGGCGCCGACGUCGCCCCGGUUGUCGCCAAGGACCCGCAGAUCCUAUGCGCCAAAGUGGACAAAACCCUGGCUCCGGUGGUCGAUGGGCUCACCGGCCUCGGCCUGUCGCGUUCCGACAUCGCCCGCCUCGUCUCGCUCGCCCACGCCUCCUUCCGCUGUAGAUCCAUAGUCCCCAAGCUGCACUACUACCUGCCCCUCUUGGGCUCCUUCCACAACUUCCUCCGGCUGCUCAAGCGCUCAUCCCACCUUCUGUCGUCGGACCUCGAUAAGUUGGUCAAGCCCAAUGUUGCCUUCCUGAGGGAGUGCGGCCUAGGUGAUUGUGAUAUUGCCAAGCUGUGUAUCCGGGAGCCGAGGAUACUGGCAAUUAACCCGGAGCGCAUCCGGGCAAUGGCGGCAUGUGCUGAAAGACUAGGUGUGCGCCGCGGCUCUGGUAUGUUCAGGCAAGGGCUGCAGGCUGUCGCGUUUCUCAGUGAGGAGAAGGUUGCCGCCAAAUUGGACUACUUGAAGAAUACUUUCAGGUGGUCUGAUGCCCAAGUGAGCAUUGCUGUGCACAAAUAUCCAAAUCUGCUGGGGAAGUCAAAGGAAUCUCUGAAGCGCAGGUCCAAGUUCCUGGUCUCUAAGGUGGGGGUGGAACCCGUGUACAUUGCUCAUCGACCGACAUUGCUCUCUUAUAGCAUGGAGGGCCGACUCAGACCCCGGUACUAUGUUAUAAAGUUUCUCAAGGAAAAUGGACUGCUAGAUGGUGACCUGAGCUUCUUUACUGCGGUCAAGAUGACUGAGAAGGUAUUUAUGGAGAAACUCAUAUCCCCUCACAAGGAAGCUGCACCACACCUCGCUGAAGACUAUGCAACAGCUUGCAAAGGGGAAGUGCCAGCUAAUUUCAGAUUGAGAUUCAUAUGAACAAAAAGCGGCUAUGGAAAUUGGUUACAGUGUAUGGCGCAACAAAGUUAUCACCCUGCGUGUAAGCUGUUACUUCCUGUUUCAGUGUUCUUUGCCUUACAUGAUGUUGGCUGUUUUCUGUAGUAUGUCUGUUGCUAAAUGCUAACUCCCUAUGAAACUGAUAAUUUGUUUCCUGAACCCCCAUAUAUGUUGAUGUUGUCAUUCCUUAGAGGAGAUCUCUGUAAAUGAGAAGUUUAUGGAUAUAUAUGUGAUUCCGACUUGCAUUGAA